AUGGUCUUGAAACCAUUCUAUACAGAUACCCUAAACGGCUUGUGUUCUAAAGAUCAACUAGAUCUACUCGACUCCAUCAUUGUAUACGGGGACCAGUCUUCUAGGAAAAGCUCUGUGUUAGAAGCAAUUUCCGGCGUAUUAUUUCCGAUCAAGAGCAACCUGUGCACUCGAUUUCCGAUAGAAUUAGUCCUCCGCAAGACUUUACACAUUGGCGUAACCGUAUCAAUCGUCCCACAUUACUCUCGCAGCGAAUCCGAGCAAAUCUCCCUCAGUGGCUUUUACGAGAAGCUAGAUGGCUUCGAUGGGCUUUCAAUACUAAUUAAGAACGCAAAAGCAGCUAUGGCAAUCUCAACGCAUGGCAAAGCUUUCUCGAAGGACCUCCUUCGUAUUGAGGUCUCAGGCCCCGAUCGGCCUUACUUGACUAUUAUGGACCUGCCCGGACUCAUCCACUCCGAAACAAAACAAAGCAUUAUCCUCGCGGUAAUCUCCGCCAAGAAUGACUAUGCGAACCAGAUCGUCUUAAAGCUCGCCUGCACUACUAAUAAAAGUGGUAAUCGAACACUGGGUAUUAUUAUAAAGCCGGAUACUCUGAUCCUUGGUUCCGAAAGUAAAGCUAUAUAUAUCUCUCUUAUAAGGAACCAGGACGUCGAGUUUUAUCUUGGAUGGCAUGUUUUGAAAAACAUGGACUCCGAAACGGGAGAGAAUCUGUCUCGCUCGCUCUUGGGCAUUAACAAGUUACGGAAAAGGCUUAGUAAGGUUCUUCUCGGACAGAUUGCUACUGAACUACCUAGCUUAAUUAAUGAAAUCGAAAUCAAAUCCAAAGCAUACUAUAGUCGGCUAGAUAAUACGUAUAAUAAUCCGUUCUUUGAGGAUGCGAAACAAGGUUACUGCCAUAAGAUUAUUGACUCUCUAAAGAAAACUACUGUUCCUAAAGGAUACCUAAUACGGAGGACAAAGGGUCGAGAGUUACCGGGAACCUUUAAUCCUAUAAUAAAAGUAAUUACCCGGAAGUAUAUUGAAAAAGUCUGGAAGGCCGCUAAAGAAUUCCUUAAUCUCAUAACUACCUAUAUCGCUAAUACUAUAAUCUCCAAAUAUAUAAGAAUUAUAAAGGAUUUUUUUGGUGUCUCUUCCCUUAGUUCCGUAUAUUUCGGCGGCCAAAACAAAGAUCUUAAUUCUCUUGUAGUAGCUCUAGUUGCUCUAAAACGUUUCGUCGACAAUAUUGCUAUCGAAGUUAUUAAAUCUAAGCUUAUCUCUCCACUUUACGAUAUCUUUUCUCCUAUUACUGUCACUUCUAUGCCCGCCGACCUUAUAACUCGCAUUACUGGCGAAUCUAAGGAAAACCGCGCCUAG